AUGUCAAAAGACCCGAUCUCGCUCAUUCGCGACGCUCUGCCACCACGCCUUGUCCCUAGCGUGAAGUCGGCGCCUGAGUUCAUCAAGACUCUAUCCAACCGCAUUCAAACUGCACGAGUCGCCGAUCCCGACUUCUGCUGGAAUGCCUCCGCAUUCAACACUCUUCUCACCGACGACUACGCAAUCGUUUCGCAAGUGGUGCAGCUUGCCCCGUUACUCCCUGUGCUUCUCGACCGCUGCCGGCCGGCCGUCGUUCGAGAUUCGGAAUGGGCUUUUGCGCUCAUCGUCACCCUUACCCGGUGGCUUCCGUCACAACAAACAGCGACCGUGGUCAACAAGGCGGCCGUCUGGUGGGCGACUGCUGCCCGUGACCCUACUGCCUCUGCGGAAGUCCUUGUGAUCUCGCUCCAAGCUGCCAGAGAGCUGCUGGCUAUGAACCGCUCGCUGCACGCUCACCUACUACACGAACUGCCGACACUGCUCAAGUUGGCCCAAAAGCCGUUCGUCCAAGCAACCGCGCUCGAGCUGCUUGCCGACCUGUGCUAUGACUCCCGAGAGGCGCAAUUACUCGUCGAAUCGCAUCAGCACCAACUUCUUCAACCGCUGCAGAACCCAGCCAAGCGUGCUACUGGUGCUCGAUACCGUGCGCCUCCGAAUGAGCAACAACCCGAAAUGUCAACCAAGCCAAUGCCAAGAUCUCCGCUUCGAAAGAACUAUGUCACCGAAAGCGACAAGUCCAAGCUAGACAGCCUCAACUUGACAGCUUCUCUUAGACUGCUUCAGCGACUGGCGUACAUCGUUCCGCCCGAAGCUCGCGAGGGCUCAGCCUACGUCUCGGAGCCGGCGGACGAGCUGUAUAUCGCUGCUCGUAGUUGGGACGGCCGCAGUUCGUUUGCGACCGCAGUGGAACAUGUGUCCAGCUUGUAUAUGCACAAGCGUUCGACGACAUACGACGAGGCGACGACAAGCACGCUUGCUGCCCUUGAUGAGGCAAUCAAGCCCUUGACCCCAUCUUCCGUGUCCUCGACCUCGAAGAUACAACCGGCCAGUCAAAGCUCGGUCAAUUCGUUCGUCGUACAGUCUGCGUUGCGAGCGCUGGCGAACACCUUGUUCGCAAACCCUCCCGCGCAAAAACUGGUGUAUGAGCGCAAAGGCCUGGGCGUUGUGCAACAAGUACUCGACUACAUUUCUUCGAAUGAGCGACUUUUAUCGUCCCAGGCGUUGCGCAUGCUCGUCGCCUGCGCCGACGUGGUUGGCAAUCUGCUGUUCGGUGACCCAACCAUGCAGGAUUCGACCGCAGCUGCGAAAGCGGUGGCAUCGCUUCUGCGGCUGCUUCCAUCCCUUCCUUUGAGCGAAGGAGCAGCCGUUAUCAAGAACGUGAGCAUCGGCACUUACCUAAGCUUCAAAACUCGCGCUUUGACUCUUGGCGGAUCUGUGCUUUCCACCAUUCGAGACUGGCUGCAGAGCAACACAAAGAAGAAGCCAAGCGCGUCGACCUCGAUCGCAAAUCCGACAAGUACAACAGCGGCGACUGCCAUUGAUGCGGCAUCAGCUUUUUCGCUGGUACUUAUCUCGACCCUGAGCAAUGCUAUCAAAAGUGACCAAGUGGCAGAAUGGGUGGAGGCUGCGUUCGCGUCGCUCGACGUCUUUGCCGAUGCUCGGCCUUUGCAUGAGCCAGCGCUGGCAGUAUCAUCCGCUCUGUGCUUGGGCUGCCAAGAGCAGCUCAAUCAGACACAACGCCAGCCACUUGAGCCCAAGAUCGCGCUGUUGAUUCCAGAUCGUCCAGGCAGUGCUGCCGACGCGAUUCGCUCAGGCACAGCUGCAUGUCCGCCGUCUGGUGGUUCAACUUUGGCACCAACCUCUGCAUUGUCGUUAUCGUCCUCUAUCGGCAUCGAUGUGGCACAAGUUUCCCCACCAAGCUUGGCUCUCUCUGCUACGUCAUCGGACCCUUCGUCCUCGUAUGCUGCUCUGCCACUCGACCAUCGCGAAUCCGUAAUUCGCCAUCUCGUACUCGUUGGGGUACACGAGACGGCGGCACGCGGCUUUGUGUCGCGUCUGCGGAGCACAGUCGAGCGCGAGCCAGUGCAGUACUGGUGCGACCGAUUUUUCGAAAAGCGCGAGAGUGCGCUGGCCGAGACAUGGUACUACCAACUCCAAAAUUUCUCAGCCAACCUUCAAGACAUCGACAGCCGCGCUUCGUUUGUGAAGGCCGUCAGCAUUGCCUUCGACAUUGAGGAAACGUUCGCUCAGCGGCUUCUACCGUUCGUUGAACGAGUGUUUUUCUGGCGUCUCGGUCUGGCGCAUUGGCUCAAACUUCUUGCAGCAGCACGCCUUCCAGAACACGCCCGAAUGGCCCGUGCUCCGUCACCCUUUCGCCAAACAGCACUCUCUGAGCAGACUAAUGAACACGGCUGCAGGUUGAUCGACCCUCAUACGGUCGGUCCGCUUGGUCAAUCAGAAAAAGUACCUGCAGGUCUCUGGGACUAUGUGGACGAGGCUGACCUGGAACAAUUCGCAAGCGAGCGUCAAGCCCAACUGGCGCCUGCUGAAGGCUCCCGGCUUUGGUUUCACGGCUGCAGUCAACGCUCGUCUUAUAGUAUCAACACCGUGGGUAUCCAGCCCCAAUCCUAUGGAGCCCACGAUUUUGGUCUCGCGCCUGCGUUUUACGUGGGGUCCCGACUCGAUCUUGCCAUCGAAUGGGCUUAUAACAGGAGCGACUCCCGUGAUGACUAUGUCGCUGUCUAUGUGUUCACACUACCGCAAGUGCCGUCUGUGGAUCUGGAAAGGCACGUCUUUGAGACGCCUGACCAACAAUGGGGAGAUUUCGUUCUUGCCUCACGCAGUUUGACCGACGCGGAGCUGACCGCACGCUUUGCCAGCCCAGCUGCACAAGAGGAGCUCGCCGGUCAGCACGACGAGAUGGAUUUUAUUCAGGGCCCGGCUGUUGGCACCAACCGCAAACGGCGAAACAAUGAACCGGCGAAACAACUCAGCGACGGCAACGACGCAUCCCUUGAAAUUUCCGUUGUUGCUGCUGCUAGCGGUGGUUGUACUUGA